CAGAUUUAGGACUUAUUCAUGCUCACGCGUGGUGAAAAAAUCCAUUCGAAAGAUUUUUUCUUGGUGAAAGAAUACACUCAAUUAUUUCUUUAUCCAAUCUGAAUAAUAUUUUGUCAACCUUGAGUUUAUCUGUCCCUGAGGUGAUUUUAUCAUCACUAAUGUGCGUUCGUGUUUUGUAUUCAUGAACAGUGAUGGUGGGAGACAUUUGAGGAGAAUGACCAUAAACAGUAUUUAUUGACGGAGAAGGAAACAGAAUUAUGGCAGUGCAGCGAGAGGAAGAGAGGAAAACAUGCUGGGUAUGUUUUGCCACUGAAGAUGAUGACACUAGCACCCCCUGGGUCCGACCCUGUCGGUGUCGGGGAACCACCAAAUGGGUCCACCAGUUCUGCCUCCAGAGAUGGAUUGAUGAGAAACAAAAGGGGAAAAGCACCACCAAAGUCGCAUGUCCACAGUGCAACACAGAAUACAUCAUUGUCUUUCCUAAACUUGGUCCGGUGGUCUAUGUGAUGGACAUUGUUGAUCGGAUCAUUUAUAAGGUCUGCCCCUUUGUGGCGGGGGGCAUUGUGGUAGGAUCAGUGUAUUGGACCGCAGUGACAUAUGGUGCUAUAACUGUGAUGCAGGUUUUGGGUCACAAGGAGGGCCUAAAUGUAAUGGAGGGUGUGGAUCCAAUUUUUUUAUUGAUCUGUCUACCAAUUAUUCCUGUGGUUCUUAUCCUUGGUAAGAUGUGUCGCUGGGAGGAUUAUGUUCUAAGAUUGUGGAGAAAGCAUGUGGCCAAAAUCCCUUUCCUACAAAACAUCUUAUCUAGUGUAGGUGCCAGAAACCUCCGUGUUCCUGCGGAGACAGUGCCACUUUCUGAUCCGAUCUCUGCCACCAGGAUGUUGUGUGGCGCCCUCAUCAUGCCAACCAUUGCCACCAUCAUGGGAAAAAUCAUGCUGGGAUCUGUUCACUCAAACUUCCAGCGCACGCUACUGGGUGGUGUAGCUUUCACAAUACUUAAAGGAGCACUGAAGAUUUACUAUAAACAACAGCAAUAUCUACGACAGGCAAAUCGUGUAAUCAAAGACUAUCCUAUGGAGGACAAUACUACAUCAUCAUCUGUGUAACUAUAGCUAGUAAGAAAGGUAUCUGGACCUCAUAUGCCAACAAAAUCAAUUCAGACACGCUGAAAAACACUAUUUCAGGAAUUUUUCCAACAAAAGAAUCUAAAUUUCAUCCUAGCUACUAGACAUGACUAGAGUAGUGACAUAGGCAUGAUCAUAAGUUAUGGUGGAAAAUGAGAGAAAGGGAGAUAACUCUGCCAGGAUUGUGCUUUUUCAAAAAUAAUAAUUUGCAGCUGGUUGAUGAUGGACAAGUAUUGAUGAAAUUGUGAUAUUAUGAUACUACUGUCUUGUAUUUUCUCAGUAUUUUAAGGAUAAACUGUGUUAAGUCAUAUGUAUUCAGCUUUCCAGAUCAAUGUGCUAACAUUCUACCAAUUAAGAUAUAGACCAAAAGAUUCAUUGGAACUUUUGUAAAUGAUAAUGGUGCCAUGUGUAAAACAUACAAUGAUAUGAUAUAAUUUGUUAGACCGUUCUAGAUAUUGUAAAUUAAAUCAAAUUCACUUCUG